GGAAAACGGCCACCGAACAAAGUUGUAGUUGUAGAAGCACAAGUAUGAACCAAACAAUUUCAAUUUUCAAUACUUGUUUAGCCCCAAAGGUUUGUCUAUGAUCAGGGAUGAUCAGAUGGAAUGAAUAUUGUAUUUGUCUUUUUGAAUUUGAUUUGUUCAUCUAUACUUUAAAUUGAGAAAUUUUCUUUCUGUUUCUCAUGUGAAAAUUCAAGAUGUGGCGCCUAAACGUGACGUCACAUCGCAAGUUCCUGCCGCGAUUUCCCAUAAAUCACCGCGCUGAUCUGUGUGAAAGAAAUAUAUCCGCGAUGUCUAGAUACUGCUUCUCGGGCAGGACUACGGCACUAGGGCUCCGUUUGGCUGCUUAGAAAUGGUCUAAUGCCGCCAACCCCGAGCCAGAUAAAGGAGCUGCUGCUCAGUGCAAUCGACAAAGAUGAAAAUAUUGUUGACAUGGGCAGUGUUACAAAAGCAGUCUCUCUUCUGGAGAGCAAUCCAAUCACCAAAGAUGCUCUUGAGGAAACCAGACUCGGGAGGCUUGUCCAAAUUGUGCGUAAGAAGGCUACAACCAGUAACCUCAAGAAGCGAUGCACAGCCUUGAUAAAACAAUGGCAGUCUCAGUUCCUGCCCCCGAGCGCAGUCAAACCUCCAAGGACUGAGUCCCCUGUACCUCAUCAAGAGGAGGUCAAAGGUCAGGAAGGGUCAUCGACCUCCGAUGGACAGAAACCAAAGCCUGCAAAGCAGACAGUAAAUGCCACCUCUGUUGAUAAGAGUAAAAGUGAAAAUCUUCGAAGGAGAAAAAGGCAGCCGGAAAACUCACCAUCAAUAUCUCCUUCAUCCCAGGCUCCCCCUUCUAAAAAAUUAAUAUCAUCAUCUCAAGGGCAAUCCCCAUUAUUACAAGGCGAGGGAAAUGGACAAGAUGACUCUGGUCUUAAUGGGAUGUCCUCGAAAAGGGAUGUUGACUGUGGUAGAAAACUUAUCAAAGAUUCAGUAAAAACUGCUUCUCCAAAGUCCAGUGUUCCUUCGCCUAAAUCUAAACCCAACAUUAACAAAGACAAAGGUUCAUUAAAGAAGUUAAAAUCAGAAAGAUCAGCAUCUCCCAAACCUAAGAAAAAGGACUCGUCAUUAAAUUCAGUAUCUCCUGCACUGCAGCCCAAAGCAGAGAAACAUUUGAAACCCAAAGGAUUAUCACCUAGUGUUGCCAAGGCAAAGUCUGAUAAACGAGUCAAGGUUUCACCAGCACCUCGUGUUGCCAUCGGUAAGAAAAGGAGUUCUUCCCAUGAUCGAUCGCCUAGACCCUCCAACGAUUCGUCUGCUUCCAAUUCACCAGCUGUUGUGGGUGGAACCUCUCUGAAAUCCACCGGUACUUUCUCAACGGACUGGGACACUGCCGGUUUCGGCUUUGGGGAUAGCGGUGGGGAAUCCUCUCGGAGUGCUACACCCCAGAAUGUGUGCGACGCCCCUAGUUCUUCAAAGCCUUUCUCUAUUUUUGAUUUAGAUUUCACCGAUGCUGUUUCAUCUCAAGUGUCAAACACCAGCCUGUUUGACAGGUCAGAGUCACCUGCAAGCUUUCUAGAUGAGCGACCCUUUACACCAACAAUAAGUGCAUUUUCUGAAGAAUUUUCUCAGAGGACAGAGUAUAGUCAUUCUCCUUCUGCUUCAAAGGAAGAGGAGGAUGAAGCGGAGGAGGGGGAGGAGGAGGAGGAGGAGGAGGAGACAUCAGUAAAUGUGAUGGAGACCCUUGAAGAUGAACCUGUGACUCCUCCAUGCCCGGUGCUGGAGGGGGAUAUAGAUCGCAUUCAUGAUGACGAGUGGGAGGGGGUGAAUGGUUGCUAUAAUGAUAAAGGCGAAUGGUUUGACUGGAUGCAGUGCCUGACUGUAAAUACAGAUGUGGAAAAUUCUAUACAAAUUCUACCCUAUGUAUGUAUUGAUUAGGAAAAUAUGAACAUGCUCACUGUAAGUUAUUUUUUAUGUGAAUGCUUGAAUUGAAAGAGUGAACCAUCAUAACAUGUAUUUUUCUCUUGUUGUUUUCCUAUUUUUUACAGAUACUUUCUCGGUGCAAAUAUGAUGUAGUAAAAGUAAAUUUAUUUCAUAAGUUUAUAUUGAACGGAAGAGACAGGCAUGAAUUUUCAUGUACAUGUAUGCAUUGGAACUGUUUAAAAUUUAACGCUGAGCAAGUUCCUUUAAUUUGACGUAAAAAUUACCAUGAAUUUUUUUCUGUUACCUAAUAUUGAAAAUUGUGGUCAGGCAGAAUAUUAGAAAUCUUCGUAGAUAGUAGAAGUCGAGUACAUCAUAUUGCUAAAGAGGUAACAUCUGUAAAACAGGGUUAGAACUAAGAAGAUUUUCUAUGGGCCAUUAUUUGAGCAGAAAUAAUUAACUAUUGCAUUGUAAUCAAUGUCUAAAAAUGGGGUAGUUUUGUUUUGGGUCUAAUUUCUUUAAAAGCUCUGCUCAUGCAUGCAUGGGUAAUGCAUGCAUAAUUACAAUUGUUAAAGCCCUUAACAUCAGGGUGGACUUCCGUUUUAACGCUUUAAUAGGCUAUUAAAGCCUUAAAAGGGAAGUCCACCCUGAUAUUAAAUUGGUUUUAAUAGUCCAAGUAAAACAAUGAGAGGAACAGGUCAGUGAAAUUUGAGCAAAAUCAGGUUAAAAAUAAGAAAGUUGUGAUUUUUGUAAGUUGUCAUCAGUGAAACACACAUUAGAAACUAGGAAGACUGGCGUAUCUUGCGAGGUCCUCUCCAAUUUGCUCAGUACAGAAAUUUCAUAAUUUUUCAUUUAUAGCUCACCUGAGCCAAAUGAGCUAUUGCAAUCUUUUUUGUUUGUUGUCCGGUUACCCUAAACUUUUAACAUUUUUAAUUUCUCAAAAAAUGCUUAACCAGAUUUUAACCAAAGGGGGCUUGGAGUAGCCUUCAAUAUCCACCAUCCAAACAGCAAUACGAGCACAGGAAACUUACAAAUGAUGAAAUAUUUAGAAUUUUCUUAUUUUUAAUAAGAUUUUGCUACAACUUUCAUUGACCUGUUCUGUUCCUAUCAUUUUGUAAUGCUUAGUAUCAAACCAACUUAAUACCAGGAUGGACUUGCCCGUUAAAGGAGAUGCUAUUAUCUCCUAUUUCAAAGAAUCAUUUUGGCAUUUGUUGUGUACAUGUGUAGGUGAUAUGCAUUUAGCUCAAAAGUAUGUUAAUGACGGUCUUGCCUUUAGCGGUACGAAAACAAACACAUGGCAAAAUAGUCUGUAGAAAGUGCUACAGUGUUACUUUGGGCAUGACAUUGAAAAGGUUGCAUGAGUACAAUUUUGUUGUUGUUACGAUUCCAAGCUCUGGUUUAUAAUCGCUUUCUAAUCAUAUUUAAUGUGCCAUUGGUUUGUAAGCUCUGCCUUACGCUUCAUGUAAGUUGGGUUUCACAAAAGGAGUUAAAAGUUAUGUACAAUGUAUACAGUGUACACUCUUAAAUCAGAUUAAACAAAACAAAUUAUACACAUGUAAGCAUUCUCUUGUUAAACAUGACUUCCAUGUAGCUUAGAAACAUUGUGGGGUUUAACUUUGGUUUCGAUCAGUGUUUUGUUCUUAUGUCUUUGCUGGGAAUUAUGUCAUUGGAACAGAAAGACCACUGCAACUUUCUUAACAUUGAAUCACUUAGAAAACAGAAAUUUAAAAAAAUGAAAUAUAAAGAUUCAUCCAAUAAUAUGUGCCAAAGUUUACUUUUCAUAAGUUUUGAUGAGUUCUUAAGUAGAAAGAAUAUGUAAGAGGAUAAUUGUGGGUCUUUAUUCUCAUUGUUCAUAUGCAGGUCUACUUAUAUUUUAUCAACCAAAUAAACAGAUUGUUAUGAUAGAAUAAUAUUUUAUAUAUUUAGAUGUCGGCUCAAAAGUUUAUGUUCUAAAAUGUCAAUUUGUAGAACCAGAUUUAAAACCUCUCUAGUAUACAUGUAGGUCAUAUACUGUUUGUGUCCAUUAUCAGCUACCGUAUGUAAAAUUGUAAACUGAGACAAAUGCAAUAUAUUAUUAUGAUGGUGAUCAAAUGUGGAACAUGUUUAAGUAGGAGAGACAGUUUGUUUCAAUUUAAGGAAAAUUGUGGUAAAUAUUGCGUACUUAAGAAUUUUCAUGAGAAUAGGAAUGGUGGAAUGAAGUCAAACAACAGAUGUUAGAAUGCUGAUAUAUAUAUAUAUAUAGUAAGGCUUGUACAUGAUAGUAGAGAGAUAUAUAUUAUCUUGGAUGUCUUAUGAAAGCCAAUAUGACUGCUAACAAUGAUGCAAAAUAUGAAUUUUCUUUUCUUGAUUUAGAAUUGACUAAACACAUGAUUAAUGUAGAAAUAUUUUUUUUUGAUCAUGUAAGAUCUGAUAACACAUCCCUCAUCCGUUCCGACUUGUUCUCAUUAUUUAUUUUUGUAAGGAUACUGUACUUGACUUUGAAAAGUAUUUUGUUAGUUUGUUAAACAAAAGAGGUAUUUUUGUACUUUUGUGUGUGCAUACUUUAAAUUGUGUAUUAGGUUGGCAAGAGCUAAUAUGUGCAGGUUCCACAAGGCCGCUGUUAAAAGGAAAAAUCAAACCAUUGAUCUUUUGAAAGUGGCAAGUUGCCGCAAGUACAAUCAUAUGGAGAUCAAAAUAACGUUGUGAAGUAAUACCUUUCUGUGAUACAUCUUUCCCUCGCCAAUAACAUUUGCAAUAAAAUGGGUGCAGUAAUAUAUCACAAAUUCUGUGAGUUUAUAUACGCAAAAAUCUAAGAUGUCACGACUUGUAUCCCCCUUUUUUGUUAUUGGGGUGGGGUGGUGGGCUAGUUAAAAGAUAUUCUGAAACAAUAUUUGCAAAUAAAUUUUAUAAAUUCUAUUGUUCUGAAGUGAUUUACUAGGCAUGAGAAAUUCACUAGUAUCCAAAAUACAUAAGCAUACCCCCCCCCCUCCCCACACCCUUGCUGUGUAUACAUACAGCUAAUAUGAAGUCUGAACUCGCAAGUUGUGAUUAAAGGGGAAAUGUAAGAAAGGCUUCACGAUUGCUGUGUUUGUUGGAGAAAAACAGGUUUAUUUCCACAUGUUGAGUUGAUGCCAAAUAUCUUCAAUAAUUAAAUUCCUAAUAUAAAAUACAUUCCUGUCGAUGUGAUAAUGCAGUAGACAUUUAGUGGAAUAGGAAAUCAGAUAUAAUGCUAGAAUGAUUUGAAAUGUCUAAUGAUGAUAUUAAUCAAAUGAAACAUUUUUGUACUUUUGUAUAUUUAUUGGUUUGCAAUAUAGGUCUCAACGUCCCUCUUUAGUUAUAGGAUGCCAAGGGAAAGAGGAAACCUUAAAAAAAAUAAAAAAUAAAAACACCUGACAAAUAUAAUAAGUGCAUUAAUUUUUGUGAAAUUAGUACAAUUUAAAGUUUCGACAAAUUAUGUAUUCAGUUUGUGUAAGCAUUAAACUGUCUUAAAGUCUAAACAAGGUUUUGAAGGAGAAGAUCAACAAAUUUGUUUAAAGAUAAAUGAGAAUAAAAAGUUGAUUUUCUAUUUUCUUCAAGGACAACAUACAUUUUGAAAUAGAAAAUACAGUAUAUUUACUGGUCUUAUUGAAUACUAUAUCUCACAGAGGCUAAUGUAUUAUUGCAAGGGACACACAUGGUAGUACAUAUACAUGUAAAAUUUAAAUGGGUGAAAUUAUUUUGGUGACUUUGGUCAAAAUGACUAAGGUCUUAUGGGGGGGGGCACUUUUUCUCCCCUAUCAUCAUAUGUGGAAUAUUAUACAAGUAUAAUAACUAACAUCAUAUAUAUUCCACUUCCAGUAAAUGAUUUUUCGUAAAAAUUUCAUAUCCCCUUUGAUAAUAUAAUUAAGGUCGGUAUCUAUUCAGUCUUGCAACAUUGUUGUCUUUAAACAAACAAAUAAUUGACGAUGAAAAAGUAAUGUCUGAAAGUUUGGAAAUAUCUGUAUCUUUAAUGAAAUGCACUCAUUUGUUUUCCCUUCGAAAAUAAGCAAUAUAUGUUACUUUGUUUGUGCCUUCUUUAGAUUAAUUUUCCUCAUGAGAAAAGAGGAAUGCCACAUAUGUAACUAGUUUUAAUUACAUGUAUUUUUUUCAUAGAAUGAAAUGUGUUCAUUCAACAUUUCUUCAUUAUUUGCAUGUUAUGAUUAUCAUUUUUCAAUUUUUCAAUUUUAGUGAAAAAAGGAGCAACAAACCUGAAUGUUGCAUGUGUAAUGAAUGUGUGAAAUGGAUUCAUGUGAAUGGUACCCUUAUGACAAAAUAUGGCUCUAAAGAGCGUUAUUUCUAAUCAUUUUGAUUUUGGAUCUUCAUUUUGAGAAAAAAAUUAAAAGAGUAAAAAAUACAA